AUGACGGAGGAAAAUGAUGACGAGCUCUACGACCCAACAUAUUCUGCUCCCUCUGCUGAGACAUCAAAAGGCCCUGACACCCGAUCUGGCGAGACAAACAUGACCACGACAGAGGAUAAGGGACAAGCACAAGCCCAAGAGGAAGAUGAGGAGGAAGAAGAGGAGGAUGAGGAUGAGGAUGAUUUCAAAAUCAUAACGGAUGGCCGCCCGGAAGCCACAAUUGAGCAACCCUCCCGACAUUCUGUGCUUAGAAAGGAGUCUCUGCGACCGUCAUCGAUGGAAGCAACAAGUACACCUAAAGUUUCUGCUCCAUCUAUCGCCCCAAAAGUUGAAACGGCCACUAUUCCGAACGCCAUAGCCGCGAAACCCACAGUCCCCCAGAAACCGGGUUCAGCGUAUCCUGCCCAACAUACAUCAACUAUCGAUAUCAAUGCAAAUCCCGUCCAUCCUACGACUAGCAAACCUAUACUCUCCACAGAUUUAGACGCCGAUUUCCCCACAGAAAAUGAUAAGCCAUGGCGCAAGCCAGGAUCAGAUAUGACCGACUAUUUCAACUACGGUUUUGAUGAAUUUACUUGGGCAAGUUAUUGCCUGAAACAAGAUACGCUUCGAAAGGAUAUCGUUGACCAGAAGAAGCAAAUGGACGAGAUGCACGCAUUCCUAGGUGCUGGACUACCUGGAAUGCCAGGUCCAAGCCCAGGUCCAGGACCCGGAACUCCAAAUCUCAUGCCCAGCGGAGGCACUUCAGCCCCGGGUCCGGGUCCACCACAAGCCACCGGUCCCCCUCCUCCCGCAAUGCCAGGAAUGGCUCCCGGUAUGCCUGACAUGUCGCAGGAAAUGAUGCAGGGGAUGUUUAACAGCAUGAUGGCACAGGGAUUGGAUCCUGCCUCAAUGGAUCCAAUGACUUUCAUGCAGCAUGCACAGGCAAUGAUGGGAGGCGGCCAGCCCGGCCCGGUUCCGGGUUCGGGUCCGGGCCCUGGUGGUCCGCCGGGUGGCCAACCAGGUUUUGCUGGUCAACCUCCCGGACAGCCUUUCGGUGGCCAACCGCCGAUGGGAUAUGGCGGGUACGAGCAACGGGGUGGAGGAUUUGUUAGAGGAAAGGGCGGACGGCGAUGGUGA